AUGCCCAUGGCACCCACAUACUCCUCCGCGGACUUUACGCUCGACCAAGCCAUUCAGGCUGCUGGUCCCGCUCCCGUUCCAAGCAGGUUCGGCUUUCAACAUGCCCAUGAAGGCGAACCUGGCCCAGAGUUCUUUCUGAACAUUGACCCUCGCACUGCUCAUUCAUUUUUCUCAACGAACAACGGUGAGCGACCUUUUCGCACGGUUGAAAACCCUCUGGCUAUCCGACCCAUGGAAUAUUGGGAUGCGCAGCAUAUCCAGAGCUACGCAGAUGAGCUGCGAAACAAGUUCUAUGACCGGUGCCGUUACAUACAGCCCCUCGCCUCUUUCAUUGAUCUGUACAUCUACUUUGAUGCCUUCGACAUCUAUUAUCUUGGAGCACAGAAUCUCUGGAGUGUGAUCCAUCACAUGUACUUCGAGAAUCAGUAUCUCGCCUAUAAGAGCGGCGAGGCAUUGGUUCCUUGGAUUGAGCUGACCGUCCAACACGCUCUCUUUAACGGCGCGAAUCAGCAGAAGCUUUAUGCUUUUCAACCCGAGACAAUGAACGACAUCAUGUCGGUAUUCACCAACGGCGAACUGGGUGCAGUCCAUAAUCUCCCACCCAACUAUCACAACGCAAUCCGCUCGGUUCUGAUGACUCACUGGAUGAAUCUUCGUCGUGGCCACGGAGUUGCAGAAGAGUACCAGCUUCACAUUGUGACCCUACAUCCUGCGGGAGAUGCUUAG